GUUGAUUGUUACUCAAUAAAGACUAUCCCUGUAAGGCUUGUGCUGUUUGUGCCUAACAAGCUUCAUGGUCGGUCAUGGAACUGCUGCAGUUCACAUGUCUGCUUUUACUUAUCAGCUUGAAAUGUUUGUCAGGUUUUGGCCAGCAGUGUGGGGGUAACCAGUGGCAGUGUGAUGAUGGAUCUUGUCUGCCUCUUUCCUGGCACUGCGAUGGAAAUGGAGACUGUAUGGACGGCUCUGAUGAAAUGGCCUGCCCCUGUCCUAGGGGCCAGGUUGCCUGCAUGGCCGGGGCUCCUGGUUGUGUACGUACCUCUGCAGUAUGUGAUGGGCAGCGCCAGUGUUCUGAUGGGUCUGAUGAGUUUAACUGCCCAGAGAACCAGGGAUGUCUGCAGGGGGACUGGAGGUGUAGGAAUAAGAUCUGCAUCCCCAAGGACCAAUACUGUAAUGGUGCUAACGACUGUGUGGACAACUCUGAUGAGGCCUGUGGCCGGUGUGGGCCAAUGGCUGUGCGUUGUCCUGGAGGGGCGUGUCUGACUGAAGAUGAGAGAUGUGAUGGACAAUUGCACUGCUCUGAUGGCAGUGACGAACCCUCUACCUGUGGGAGGACCUGUUCAGAAGAGAACGGUGGCUGCAGUCACUCCUGUGUGGAUCAGCCCUGGGGAGCCCUCUGCUCCUGUCCUAAAGGCCAUAGGCUGUCUGCUAACGGAGCCUCCUGUCUGGAUGUGGAUGAAUGCGCUCUGCCUUAUGGUCCAUGCAUGCAUUUCUGUGUCAACACACCCGGGUCCUUCUACUGCCACUGCCGAGAUGGCUUCCAGCUUCAAGGAACCACCUACUGCUAUGCUAAAGGAAAUUAUACAAAGUUUCUGACUGCAAAGAAGGGAACUAUCGGAUUUCUGAAUCUGAAGACUCUGAGAUUCGGGUCCAUUCAGAGUAUUGGCUAUGAUCCUCUGGCCCUGGCCUUUGACCUCUCCAGGAGCUCAUUCUACUGGGCUGAUAACCAGGGGAACAUCUACAAGGCUAAGGAGCAGCAGCGCAGGAUCCUUUAUCAUGGACAAUAUGGGGUUAGAAGUCUAGUCUGUGAUUGGCUGACAGGCCAGCUGUACUGGACCAACCAGAAGACCCGGUCUAUUCAUGUUGGGGCAGCCGAUGGGAGUGGAUUUGCAACGGUCUUGGCCAAGAACAUAGACCCGUUGGAGCUGGUCCUUCUUCCCAUUGAAAGCUUGUUGUUUUGGAUCAACAAAGGUCCAGGUGAUAAAAUUACUCUGGAGAGAUCUGGGAUGGAUGGGAUGAAGCAGGAAUCUCUGGUGGUCCUCACUGCACAGGUUCCACGGAGUCUGACCCUGGACGUUACAGCUAGGAGGCUGUACUGGAUGAGUGAUUUUAAAAAGUCCAUAGAGACUGUGCGAGUGGAUGGAAGUGGUCGCUACAGCUUUCUGGAGUUCUUCAAGAGGAGACGAGCUCAGAGCCUGGCGGUGUUUGAGAGGUGGUUCUACUGGACAGAUCAGAUGGGUCUGUGGCGCUCCCCUCAGGACCGACCUAAUCAGAAGACCUUUAUUCAGAGGACAACACUCCCUGUCCUAGAGGCAUACCAUGAACAACAGCAGCCAAAAGCUCCAUCAGCCUGUGUAAAGUCUGGCUGCCAGCUCUGCAUGCUGACUCUGGACCUGCCUGCUGGGUUCACCUGUACCUGUCCUGAUGACAAACUGCUCAUGGCAGAUGGCUCAUGUGAAUAUCCCAGGUUUGCUUAUGCAACAUCCACAACACUGAACCUGUUUGAGUUGAAAGGGAAGGAGCUGAUCAAGACAAAACUGCUGACUACGGAUGACGUCAUGGAGUCUUUUGACAUCGACUGGAGGGGGGACUGGGUCUACUGGGCGAACAGCACUGGUCAUGUGAUGCGCUGGAACCUCAAUACCAGCCAAACAGAGACUGUCCCUACGCUGAGACCAGCCUGCGUGGUGGCAGUAGACCAGAAGAUGAGAAAUCUGUACUGGCUGUCAUGUGAUGAAGCCUGUGUUGGCGUCACUAACAUGGAUCAGGGUUACCCACGGAGACUGUACCAGUCAGGCAGUGAGGUAAGAGAUGUUUAUCUGGACUGGCAGCGGGGGAGGCUGUACUUGCUGGAGGCUGGCUGGAUCCUAUCCAUGAGACUACCAGGAGGAAACCCUAGGAAAGUCCUGAGAGUGGAGGGACACGUCGCUGGGCGCAUUGUUUUGGACCUACAAUCUAACACACUGCUCUGGAACACAGAGGUGGAUGAUCUGAAGAUCAUGAGUCUGUUGAAGUCCCAGACUCACCUAGUAGGCAGAGAGUGGAAUGUCCCUGGUUCCAUCGUGGCCGCUCAUUCUCCGGUCCUGGUGUCGCUGUUUAAUGAUGUCAUCACUGUGUGGGACCGGCGGGACAAGAGGCGUGUCCACGAUGUCCCUGUCGGACCAGGCGUUGUCAGGGUGAUCGUGGCUCUGGAUGUAAAGGAAG